GCACCCUCCCUCCCCUCCCGUCGCUGGGCGCGCGUCGGGAGGUGCAGCUCCGCCGCGUCCGAGGGCAGCGCAGCAGCUGCAGCGGCCGCUGAGGGAGGGGCCCGGAGCCCCGCCCCCGGGGAGGGGCCUUCCGCAGGUCUCCCCUCUACCCUCCACGCUGGGGAUGAAAUUUAGCAACAAGAAGGAAGCAGUUCACGCGGCGUCCAUGGACUGAGACUAAACCGCGACUCCGGUAAAGCUACCUAUUGGAGACUUAAGAUCUCGCUCCUAAAACACUGGUCCGUGAUUUUAGGCCCUAUAGCCUAUCCCCAUCAGCCUGAUCAUCACCGGCGUGGCCUAGCUCCCUCUGGGUUCCUGGGCCAGCAAGAUGCUGGAACGAGAUGCGGAGUCCGCGGCCGGGGACACGGAUCCUAGUCCCACCGGCAAGGAACCUAUAACCAAAGGAGGAGCUCCCCACCAGGGCUCGCCGCAGAAGCCCAGCCAGUCGGUUCCCGGGCCUGCCACGUCCGCGGGGGCGCCUUCUCGACCCCGCCGGCGGCCCCCGCCCCAGCGCCCGCACCGCUGCCCCGACUGUGACAAGGCCUUCUCGUACCCGUCCAAGCUGGCCACGCACCGGCUGGCACAUGGCGGCGCCCGCCCGCAUCCGUGCCCCGAUUGCCCCAAGGCCUUCUCCUACCCCUCCAAGCUGGCAGCUCACCGCCUCACGCACAGUGGUGCCCGCCCGCACCCGUGCCCACACUGCCCCAAAGCCUUUGGCCACCGCUCCAAGCUGGCCGCCCACCUCUGGACCCACGCGCCUGCCCGCCCCUACCCGUGCCCGGACUGCCCCAAGUCCUUCUGCUACCCCUCCAAGCUCGCAGCCCACCGCCACACCCACCACGCCACCGACGCCCGCCCUUAUCCUUGCCCGCACUGCCCCAAGGCUUUUUCCUUCCCCUCCAAACUGGCCGCCCAUCGCCUGUGUCAUGACCCCCCCACGGCGCCGGGCAGCCAGGCCACGGCCCGGCAUCGCUGCUCCAGCUGCCAUCAGGCCUUUGGCCAAAGACGCCUCCUGCUCCUUCACCAACGCAGCAGCCACCACCAGGCUGAGAGCCAGGGGGAGCGCGAGUGAGCCCUCCCCUUGGCUCACAGCGCCCCCUGCCGCCAGCCCAGGUCAAUGAAGAGGUGGCAUUUCUAAGCUGGGCUGUAUGGACUUGCCUCUGCUCCACGCUGGGCUCAAACUUACCGGGCUGAGGACUUCUGCUCACCUGUUUGGGGAAGGGAAAGGUGUCACCCAUAGUUAGCACUGGGCCCCAAACUAUGGGUUUGGAGCUGUGGGUUGAAAGCAAGUCCUGGCUCCGGUUUUUUCCCUCCUAUUCAUAAGGCGAAAGUAAAAAGUCUGCUAGCACCGGGGGUUGGUGAGGAAUGUGGGGAAACAGGGUCUCUCCUUAUUGUGAGUUAAAUUGGUGCCUGCAUUUUGGCCGUUUUGACUGUAUCUAUAAAAAAUUUUAAAUGC